CGCUCCGCAAGGCGCGGCCGCCGCUUCCCCGCCCCGGCGCGGGGCCGUCCCCCGUCCCCUCCCUCCCUCCCUCCGCCCCGUCCCCGCCCGCCGCGGCAGCCCCGAGCGGGAGGCGGCGGAGGGAGGCGGGAGCCAUGCGGGAGUACAAGGUGGUGGUGCUGGGCUCGGGCGGCGUGGGCAAGUCCGCCCUUACCGUGCAGUUCGUGACCGGCUCCUUCAUCGAGAAGUAUGACCCCACCAUCGAGGACUUCUACCGCAAGGAGAUCGAGGUGGACUCGUCCCCGUCCGUGCUGGAGAUCCUGGACACGGCGGGCACCGAGCAGUUCGCCUCCAUGCGGGACCUGUACAUCAAGAACGGGCAGGGCUUCAUCCUGGUGUACAGCCUGGUGAACCAGCAGAGCUUCCAGGACAUCAAGCCCAUGCGGGACCAGAUCAUCCGCGUCAAGAGGUACGAGCGGGUGCCCAUGAUCCUGGUGGGCAACAAGGUGGACCUGGAGGGCGAGCGCGAGGUCUCCUUCGGGGAGGGCAAAGCGCUGGCCGAGGAGUGGAGCUGCCCCUUCAUGGAGACCUCGGCCAAAAACAAAGCGUCUGUGGACGAGCUGUUCGCCGAGAUCGUCAGGCAGAUGAACUACGCGGCGCAGCCCAACGGGGACGAGCCGUGCUGCGCCUCCUGCGCCAUCCUCUGAGCGCGGCGGCGGCCCCGCGCCCCGGCGGGCGCGCUCGGGGAGGCAGCGGCGCGAGAAAACGUUCGUCGUGUUGGAAAUGUGGCUUUUCUCGGCAUGUGCGUUUCGUCCAGUCUCGGUCAUGGCAUAUUUCCUGUCAGCGUCGGCGGCGGGCGCGGGAGCAGCCGGGUCCCGCCGCCCGGGGAGCGGAGCCCAAACUUCCCGGGGAACCCGCCCCGGGACAGCCCCGGGACAGCGGAGCCCGCAGCCCGGACAGCCCCGGGACAGCCCCGGGACAGCGGGGCCCGCAGCCCGGACAGCCCCGGGACAGCCCGGGACAGC